UAUAAAUUAGUGGGAAAAAAACAAGCAAAAGAUGGAAACGCAAGCAACAUUCGGAGAAAAAAAAUACUGUUAGUUAACUUAAUUGAAAAUUUGGCGUUAACGGGAAUGCAUAUUCUUAAUGAGCGCAUUAAUGCGCCAAAAACUCAGAGCUAAGAGUUCUGCGGAAACGGGCAUGGCUUAGAGCAAGGCUGCCACGCAGUUGACAGUUGUCACUUAGCCCAGUAAAAUGCGAAGCAAACGUGACACAAAUUUUAAAGAAACAAUCACGGAAGCAAACCAAAAGAACAAAGCGAAAAAUUCACCUGAAACCCCCAACACAACGGGAAAGUAAAAAACAUUCCAAAGCGAAAUUAAAAGUGUCAGUAGCAAACUGUUAAACUGUAGAAAAGAUGAAAACAAAAUACGAAAAUAAGGAUACGCCAAGUAGAAAAGUAAAGAACCUUAAAGCAAACGAGAACUACGCGUCAUCACGUAACGCAUAAAUUUUCAGUUUAAAUUGCAAAGAGAAUAUUAAAAACAUAAAAAAUUGAAAAUUAUUUUCACUUACAAAAAUGUCAAACAGAAGCCAAAAUAAAAACAAAAUGGCAUUUGUCAAACUAAGACCAAUGGAUGUUGUGGUACUGGCGGCUGUCACCAUAUUGGCAGCUGCUGCUCUCAUACCCAAUGUUAAAGGUACCAAAACAGAUAAUCUCAUAGAAUCGACAGAAAAGAAUGGUAACUCUGGAAAAGCUGCAAGUUUUGAACCUUUUCUUGGGAGCACAACGGAUAUGAGAAGAAUGAAAUAUGAAACUAUACAUCGGAUUCUAAGAGAUGAAAAUGAACCAGCAUAUAGAAAUGAAGAGAAAGAGUUGAGAUAUUAUCAAAUGCUUUCAUACCACCCUACACAUGAGAUACUACGCAGAUCUAUAAAUGAGGAAACACAAAUUGAAACAGAAGAAGUACUAAAUUUAACUAGAAAGGAUCUAAACAAAUUUUUUGUUGAAACCUUUGAAACAUAUAAUUUAAGUGCGAUCACUGAAAUCGACUUAAGUUUUAAUAAAAUACAAGCACUGAAUCUUACUGAACUGAGAAACUUACAAAAAGCAGAUUUAUCUCAUAAUUUACUAACAUCUCUACCAUUGAAUGACAGUUCAUCAAUAGUGUCUCUCAAUCUCAAUAAUAAUCACAUAAAGUCCAGUAUUAACAAUACUAAUACCAAACUGCGUGAACUUUACCUAAGCUCUAAUGAUUUAGAAAGUUUAAGCGUACUGAACAUAUCUCUUUUCAGCGUUUUAGAGACACUUGAUCUUUCAUGCAAUAAAAUCAAAAAUUUAGAAAGUUCAUUUUUUCCACAACGUAUGCUUAAUCUCAAACAUCUAAAUUUGGCUCACAACCAAUUGGACUCCAUAUACAGAGAAACAUUUUAUAAUUUACUUAGCUUAAAUACUUUACUUCUGUCUUACAACAACAUAACUGAUAUCGAUUAUGAGACCUUUCUAGCUUUGCCAAAUUUGCAAUUCUUAGAUUUGUCUCACAAUAGGCUAAAAGGAGAAGCAAUACGCGCAUUGCAGGGUAUACCCGAUCUGGUCCGGCUAUCAAUUGCAUACAAUACAGACUUAGGACCAUCAAUGCAAGAAUUUGUAGCAUCAUGGAGUUUAAAGGAGUUGGACGCAAGCGGUACUGGAUUAUGUCAAAUACCUGCUGCAUUAGCCCAAUCUGUUCGCACACUCAAACUCAGCGAUAAUUGGCUUAAGAGUAUAAAUUGUGGCGACUUAGAUAGUUAUCCAUUACUUCAAUAUCUUGAUCUUUCCUACAGUAAAGUGGAAGAUAUUGAGGAUGAUGCACUUGGAAGACUUGAAAUUUUAGAAGUGUUAUUUUUGGAUCACAAUAAACUACGGAAAGUACCUUUAAGUUUACCAACUUCUCUUGAGCACCUCUUUUUACAUAACAAUGAAAUAAUGGAUAUACAAGCACAAGCAUUCCAGGGUCUUAAUUAUUUGCAAACUUUAGAUCUUUCAGGCAACAAAUUACUGUACAUACCUGCGCUAACAUUACCCAAACUAACAACAUUAAAUUUGCAAUCAGCUGGUAUUAAGACCAUUAAUCAAGCGAUUAUACACACUUUGCCACAUUUAAAAGAUUUACUGCUCGAAGAUAAUCCAAUUCGAUGUAGUGAUUUGCUGGGUAUAGCGGAGUGGGCCAGUCCAUGUCGUAUUACAGAACACACUGGUAGUACUACAAGUGAACUUACUGACUUUCAUUUAGAGCAACAAAUUGUGGGUACAAAUAUGGGUCAACAACAAAUACAUGACUCACAAAAACAACAACUACAGCAGCAGCACCAACAGCAGCAGCAACAACAACAACAACCCCAACAGAUUAUAAUACCAAAAAAUGUGAAUUUGAAGCAAAAGUUUUUGCAAACAUACAACUUUUUUGAAAAAUUUAAAAGCAUUUGCAACCAAAGAGCAUCGAAUCCAAAAAUUUCAGUAUUGGCAAUGGAAACUACACCUCCUCCUCCAUUGUGUGCCAUUAAAGCAUAUGUGAAAAAAGAAAGCAGGAAUGCAGACAACAGCAAAAUGGAACCAACUCAAAAAACGAAAGUCGUGACAUUUAAUUUGAUCCAAAAUACAACAGGAAACUUUAGUUCAGAAAUCACAAAGAAUAAAAAACUUUCGGAAAUUUAUCAAAACUUUUUUGAUUCAACAAAAUUAAAAAACUCCGACGAAUCAGCAGAAAUGAUGCUGCACAAUGUGAAUGCAAUUCGUAGUGCUGCUUCAAUGAACUUUUCUACUAACACAACAGACUCCGCAUUGAAAACAGCCACACCAGCAGCAUCUAAGACGAUUCUAAAUGAAAAGCAAAUUUUAAAUUUAUCACCUAUUUUAUCAACCAUUUCAUCGGUAGUAACAGAAGCGUACAAGAAGAGUUCAUACCACAUGGAAUCAGUAUCCAAGGAGCCAUAUAAUAAUGUUGUAACCGAGAAUAAUGCAGACACAAAACCGGACACAACUGCUUCGCCAAGCGUAGAUGUACCAUUACAUGCUCAGAAUUUACAGGAGCUGCAGCCAAUAACCUCAGAGCCUGUAUCAUUAAAUAACAAUGAAACCAUUCCAAAACCACAAACUAUGAAAACAACUACAAAUGUUACUCCAGUAAGCAGCUUCAAACCAAACAAUACUCCCUCUACGACAAUAAACGAAGCAAUUCAUAUGCCACAAACAGUUUCGAAUAUGUCGAUAAAAUCAAGCAACAAUUAUGUCGAGACAACUACUUUGUUAAGCCAAAAAGGUUCCAAGACACCAGCUGCCAAUACUGCAGCAACACAAUAUUUGAAAAUCCAAACAACAAAUAUAGAAAACAUGCCAAUUACAACAACUCCUGCAAUAACAGGAACUGCAACAACAGCAGCUCUGCCAACGACAAAUUUAGCAACAACUGCAAUAAUAAAACCAUCAACAGAUAAGAGUUUAGUUAGUAAGGACAGUAAUAAAAUUGUUGAAAAUACUGAGAAAAAUACCAGCAUUAAAGGAGCAAAUUCCGAAUCUAAUAUAAAAUUCGGUCAACAAAAUAUUAUUGAUGCGGUGACUGAACGAGCAAAUACAAUGCCAACGAUAACAACAACAGCGACAAGAUAUUUAACAACAAUUUUAAAGCAGACGAAACAUCAAAGAAAACCAUUGCCAACAAAAAUUUCAACAAAUUCCAUGCAAUCACUAUUAAUAUCAGCAGCGCAAGUAGCCACAGAACCAACAGAAAGACCAUUUAUUCCUACAACUUCUACAGCUUCCACUUUCAGAAAACCAAUUGCCACAACGCCAAUACAUAAACAUGAACCAUUACAACUUCACGUUAAGGAUAGGCACUUAAUUGGUACACCGCUCCUUAUGCACAAAGGCGAAAAUAUUUUAGUAGAUGGAGAACAGUUAUUGCUGCCAGUAAAAGCAACACCGCCUGCUUCCAAACCUAAAACGACAAUGUCUACCAUAAAAACAUUAAAUAAAGAAGAAACUAUAUAUUCACCACUUAACAUGGAAUAUCAUGGGCAGAAUGUAGAUACCGAGAGAAACGAAGGAAACGAAGCAGCCAUAUUGGCUAAAAGCCAAUACGCCGCAAAUGAGCUUAAAGAAACGAAAUGGUUACGGGACAUUACGGGAUUAACCGAAGCUGAUGAGGACGAACCACAAAUGAAGCUAAAUGAAAGGAUAGCACAGGCUACUUCUGGCCAUUAUGCCGAGUUAAAAGAAUUCAUGGAAAGUACCUCAGAAGAAACGAAGCCAAACUUGCAAGAGAAGAAAAUUGAAAACAGAAAGAAGCCAACAUUAAUUAUGAAAAAAAUGACGGUAAUAAAACAUGCAAAUCCCCAAAAGCAACAUCAUUAUGUGAACACUCCACGUGAAAAUGAAGCGCAUGUUCCACACUUUCACGACAAAAUAUUUGAAGAACUUAAACCGGCUACUGGACCAGUAGAUUUGAGUGUCAAUUCUAUCAAUUAUAAGCACAACACACUGAAUACACCUAUAAAAGGAUUAUUAUAUGAAGUAGAUAGCAUUUCCGAACAUCGCGAAUUGUACCCAAAAGAGGAAAUGCAAGCGCACACAGCACUCCCAAACUCCGAAAGCAUGCUAAAGUCUGAACAAUGGUUGGACAUACGCAAAGCAACCACAUCAGCACAUCCAGGCUUAGUUAUACUGCUUUCGUUUAUACUGUUUGUGGUACUAUUAGUGGGGCUAAUACAUGUUUAUCGUUGCGAUAUGCCGUGGCGCCGUAAUCUACACCAACAACGUCCACAUCAACGUCAUCUCAAUGAAGAUGAAUCAAACAGUUUUCUUAAUUACCAAACUAAUCAUCAAUCACUAAAUGUACAUAAAUGGCACCACAGCACUAGACUACAACCACCAUACAACUCUCCACUACAUAAUUUACACGUACGAGAGCUACAAAAAACAACACCUAUUGAUGAUAAAUCAAAUCUUUGCAAACAAUUCUACAAUUCCUCGCUUGGUGCAAGUUAUAACACCAACACUAAUAAUGACUACUCAUAUUCAAGCAGCAUUAGCAGUUCCCGCUCAUCAACCGCAUUGGAGGAUGACUCUUUCUAUAUUGAAAUGACCCCAGAUUCAGGACAACCUGCAGAUACAUUACACAGUGAUUUAUUACCCAUGGAACUGUUAGGUGUAUCGCAUAAGAAAAAUAAAACCGAUCAUGCUACAGAUAUUCUCACUGACAGUUCUGGGGGUCUAUCGGUAAACAGUUAUAAUGUACCAGCAGCAAUAAUAACAACUGAAAUCAGUACAACAAAUGCAAAGGCUUUAUCAUUGUCAACACAGUCACCAUCAUCUAUGACUAAUGGAAUCGGAUUGACUAAUAACGAAAAUACAAAGAAUGGACAUAAGGCAUCUACUAAACAACCGCCUCCUACACGAAAAUUUGAUUUAUGGUGACAAUCGGUGUUCCAGCGACAAUAUUCUCCAUUCCAAUAAAUUCGAUUUAGUGUGUAGAGAUGCAUGAAUGGAAACCAUAUUUAUAUUAUAUAUAGAUUUUAUUUCAGUGAAUCCGAUAAACAAAAACAAGCAGAGUACUUCAAGUGCUGAAGAGUAUUAACCAAAAUGUGUAUGUCACACUAUUGUAAGAUCAUUAUUAUAUAUAAAAUGAAGCGUUUAUAUGAAAGGAAUUAAAAUGAGAUAAAUAUGUUUACAAGAAUUAGUAAGAAUUAGGAGUACAA